GGUUGCUGGAGGAGGAGGCAUGCGGGGAGUUCUCACCCAUCCCCGUGGCCCCCCCCAGGAUGUGGCGGCGCUGAACGGGCUGUACCGGGUGCGAAUCCCACGCCGGCCCCUCGGGGCCGUGGAGGAAGCUGGAGUGGAGUACGUCACCUCCUUCGUCCGAGCGUGCUCGCUGGUGGACUCCCACCUGUCGGACCGGCUGACGGUGCACACGGACGGGGCAGGGAACGUGAUCGGCGUCUCCAUCGUCACCGUGCCGGGGUCCUGCCACGGCGCCGAGGUGGAAGACGUCGACCUGGAGGCCUUCAACACCACGGUGCUGCUGCAACAGCCGGUGCCAGCGGCCGUCCCUGAAACGGCAGCGUUCAUCGAGCGCUUGGAGCUGGAACAGGCGCAAAGAGCCAAGAACCCGCAGGAGCAGAAAUCCUUCUUCGCUAAAUACUGGAUGUACAUAAUUCCCGUGGUGUUGUUCCUCAUGAUGUCCGGCGCGCCCGACGCCGGGGGCCAGGGCGGAGGCAACGGGGGUGGAGCCGGCGGCGGGGGCAGAUGACGAUCGCCCUGAUGCUGCGGAGCAUGGGGGGGGCCCGGGAGCUGCCUGAACUCACAAAAGGCAGGGGGAGGGGCUGAGCCAGUCGUGCCCUCAGCUCUGGGUGUAGGUGUGGGGCUGGGCCCCCAUGGCGGUAAAUAAAGGCUGACCUGGACCCGC